AUGGCGGGGUUCGGGGACCCAAACACGAGUAUUGCGCAGCCGUACACUAUUGCACCUCCACAGCCAGCAGCGCCCUCGAGACGAUCGCUUCCAAAUGGACCAUGCAACUUUCGCGACGCGACCGUAGGACAAUGUGGGUGUGAUCAGUUCUGGGACAAGCUCAGCGCCGAGCUUCACGAUGAGAUUGCAGCGCCUGGGACAAGCAGUGAGCGCUCUACCUGGUGUGUCUGUGGACACCAUGCUUGCUUCCAUUUGAAGGCAUCGCGUGCGCCCGAACGACGUGUGCCCUCAAUAGACAUUCCGCGACGGCCAUUACAUGCGACCUGUAACGGCCAAGGUCAAUUGGCCUCUGGAGCGCAAUGCGAUGCGCAUCCUGCUAUUAGACACGCAGACGAGAACCGUUCGCCUGGAGAUCAGGCCAUACGCAACGAGCGCAUCCUCUCGGAGCCCAGUUUCGGCGCGCGAUAUCUACAGCAGACCUCACAAGCCUUUGGGUCUGGCCGCAUUGCACAAAGUCAGGACACUCCAUCGCAGAUCAGCACGACUGGUCUCCCUGGAAUCCCUUCAGUGUGCUUGCUAUCUCGUGACCAGCGUCCAGCGACUAACAAUGAAGCUAGGCAGGGCGCAAACCAGUCGCGCCAAACGCUCGCAGGCCUCGGUCUGUCCAUGAUGCAUUUAGAGAGUAUGGGCCAGAUUAACUGUCAGCAGCAGUCGCCUACAUCGACCGUACCAGACGAUUUCAACGUCGCGCAGGCUCCGCAAAGACCCUGCAGUGCGCCCGGGGGCUCGACCAGAGCAAACUCGGUCCACAACGAAGCGAACGUAAACAGUCCAUCGCGUGGCAUUCUCGAGCAUGUUUACGAGUUCAAUCGCCAAAUACACCUUGAUGUACCGGGCGAUACAAUCCCAAAUACAUACAAUCCUGAAUACGUACAAAGUGUUACCGAAGCCGCUACUCCAAGCGCUGGGAACACUCCGGACCUGAAUGCUGCCGAUCGCGCGGUGCAAGAGGGGAAGGACUUCAUUGACCAACUUGCACGCAUGACUUCAAACCUGCAGGAGCAGUCGAAUGAUGAACCAGAUCGGCCAACCUAUGCCACAGUUCCUACACAGCUCUUGCUGACAAACCCUCCUACAGCGCCACAAGAGCAACUACAGCAAAUGUUGCAGUCAGCUCCGCCGCAAGGUCUCCAAAAGCUCGUCUCCUAUCUCGCUCCACUGCACAAUCUCUUAAACUCUAUCCCCAAUGUAGCCAAAACCAUGCAGGAACUCGGUAGCCGCCUGGACAUGUUAGAGAAUGGAUCUUUCAAUUAUGUUCAGCCAGAGGAUCUCAACCAAACUUUGGAAAUGUAUGAAGGCAGGCUCAUCGAUGUAGAACAGCGCACAGGCGAACACGACAGGUUGCUUCAGGCCCUAGAUGACCACGGUAGCAGCACCUCCUUCAGUCGCCGACGCAUUGGCAACGUUACAGCGUCUUUUGGCUCCAACUACUCUGGGGAGUCCACAACCUCCUCGGCGCUGAUACUCGCGGCCAUGGAUCGCCAAGAGACAGAGAUGGAGAUUGAAAACAUCAAAGAGAGGUUGGAAGUGUUGGAGGCGGCUGCACCACCCACAUCACUAAGCCCCUGGGAAGUCGAGGUUGUACUCUUGCCAUGGGGACCUGAAUUGCGAGGUAUCUGGUUCUCGCCUGAAGAGUCGAUGCACGACGCUGUCAACUCCACAACUCAGAGUUCCGAGGAAUGGACUCAAGCUCGCACUUCAAAAUCUGGUAAAAGUCUUCCUUUCUCUGAAGCUCUUGGACGAGACACAGAUUCAAGUCCCUAUCGGCCUGCUCACACCCCAGUCAAGGGGCCGUUGCUCAACCCUACCGGAGGAGGAUGGAGUAGCCAGGAUAUUAGUAAUUGGGCUUCUGGCCCGACGGAUGACUGGCUGUUUCCAAAGGCCUGUGGAAGCAACAAUCUAGUCUACAAGCGACUUCAAAGCAGGGGGUUUGUCCGGAACGUUACGUUCAGAGGCGCCAGCGCCAAAGACAUACAGGACGCAUUGUCGCAUGCCUUCUGCGACGUGUUCGACUACCUCCAGUACGACGACAGCGACGAGAAUCCCAUGAUCGCUGAAUAUCCAGGUCUGCGGGCUCCGUAUAUCCCAUUGCGCAAGGUACUCAAAGAGACGCGACUGCGUUUCCUUACACCUGCCGAAAUGUCCAGCUCGGCACUCUGGUCUGCUCAGUUCCUCGCAGCUGGGGUCAUGAUGCGCGUGUCUGGUGGCAAGAAGAGGUUGUAUGUAACCGUUCGUGAAGCCUAUACUCAGCAGAUCGACCGCAACGAAUUCGUCAUAAUGGAGCAGUCGUGGCCUGAGUUGAGACAGCUCCCUCGCUAUCAGCCUGAUCAAGACUCGAAGAUGGAUGGUAACGAUGAACAUUGCCAAACUCAUGUUCCGGAAGCAGAUGCAAAGGAAGCAUGCUGGCAAUUUGUCGAGGCAUACGAUGCUCCACCUGCUAGCGUCCAUUCUUCGUUUGGCAGCGCUCAAUCUCUACAGCUGUCGAUGCGACCAGCUGAUCGACAAUGGCGAAGGUCAAUCACUCCAAACUCCAUCUUGAAAAAACGGCAGUUGAGGCCCAUCUCUCCCGUGAGCGAGAAUCUACGACGUCCAUCUUAUUGCCGCGACCGUACGGUAUCUACAUCCGUUGUAGAGACAUUUCCACCUGGAUCAUCAAAGCGUCGAUACAAUUCGUCUCCUGUAAAGCAGUCCUUUGCUCCACAGCAUGUAUCACGUACGCCAAGCCUGUCGAUGGUACGGCCCAAGCGACGCAGGGUAGCGAGCUCCUCUUCCCCACAGCUAAACCAAGAUGCUGUAGUGGAUCCACAAGUGCCAAUUUGGAACGCAACUCCUCGACGCUCGCGAGAACCACCUUCGCCAUUCUUCUCCUCGCAACCUCCACUACAGAGGUCAACAUCAGAAGUUACCAGCAGGCCAAGUCAGCGCUCUGUCGCCGUGGCAGGCAAAUCGACACCUUUUGCGUACGCCACGCCACAUUCAGGGCCCGUUUUAGGUGGACCUGCCUUUGAUGCCUACAAUAACGGUGGCGAUACUGAGCCCGAUGAUGACGACAACGAUGCGUAUGAUGGUGACGACGGUGAACAGAGCUGGCAUGGUGUCACGGACGGCGACAACGACAGUGUCUCCGACUCAGCCCGCGAUGCUGGCGCUGGCGCGCAAGAGGCAGGAAGCUUCUCAGGCGACGACAGUGGUUUUGAUAGUGACAACAGCGAUGCGCAAUCAGACGAGGAGGCCGAGGCACAUGCGCAACGCCCACAAGACGAAGAAGAAGACGAGGAUGAAGAAGAUGUUUUCGACUCCCUAUUGAGUGUUAUCGAAGACUAG